AUGACAUUGAUUUUACGCAGAUCAGCUACUAACUCAGAAGCCUUCGACACCGAGCUUGCCAAACGGAGUCAGGAUAUCAUCAAUAACAUGAACGUCGACUUCGAGCAGUUGCAGGUACUGUGUGAAUUAGGCACCGAGAUUAAAAAGAUGCGACUGCACAGCAUUACUUACACCGCUGUCAACGACUGGUUCGAUGAGAUUGACGAAAAUGUGCAGUGCCUGUUUGGCAAGGGCCCCUUUCGUGAGACCUGCAUGUUUAAUUUUCUUGCCGUAAAUAAGGCCAAAUUCUUCCAAAGCAACCACAAGAUAGAGCGCGACCUGUGGUAA